AGGCUAAGAAUUCGGAGGAUAGAUUCGAUCAGAUCGAUAGAAGGGAACAAGAACGAUCGUGGAUCCGAUCGUCGUGGAAGAGAUGGACGAAAAUCUUUGGUUGGAGAGAGAGAGAAAGAGAGUGAGAGAGAGAGGAGAACAGGAUCGAGGAAAAUGGACGGUGAGGGUGCAGCCCCGGUGAUGGCGCUAGUGUAACACGGCCGAAUAGCGGUACGGUGAAACCAGCCGAACAAGCUGCUCGGCUCGCAGCUUCAGUUCGUGUUCUCUCGCUGCACACGACGGACGUACGUGGUAUCGGUAUCGCGUCUCGCGUGCUCUUUUACCGGGAGAGAAAAAGAACGACAACUGUUAGCUCCCGUCGAACAAUCGUCAAGUACCACCUAACGUUAGAUUCGGUGGUUCCCGCGUAAACGAGAAACUGUGCCGCGUAGAUUUAGACGUUCGCGUAAACGGACAGAGGGACGCGUGUCUGAACGACGCACGAGGUCGUAGUGUGUUCCCGGCCGGCGAUCGAGUUUCGUUAAUAGUGACUUGUGCGAAAAAGAGUAAAAAAGAAAAGAAAAGUGGUGAAGCCAGUGCCGCGAAUCUUGUAUCGUGUACGCGUUUGUUCGUGACUCUCGACCGAACCACGAUCCACCGGUCGAUAACGAGUUCCGAUAAUCGACGAUCGAUUCCCGUUCAGAAACGCUGUUCGGCGAAUCGUCAAGAGGUGAGAGACCGAGAGAGGAGAGAGAGCGAGAGAGAGAGAGAGAGAGAGAGUGAACGCGUACAUCGCAACCGUCGCAGUCGCGGUGCACCGUCCGUCCACCUUUCGCGUUGCCGCGAGUGCAAGGGAUAAAAUGGCGCUUGCUUUCGUUCGUGUGCCUCUAUCGACCCUAACAAACAAUCCGACGACGGAAUCGCGUCGACGCCAGUCGCGACGUUUUUAAGCGGUUGAACAUUUCGCGGCAUCGCUUCUUCCUUUUCGCCACGAACGCCCGCCACCCCACCUCUCACCCUCGGUCCCCCUGUUUCGGUCGUUUUAACGUCUCUUUUUGUCUGCGAAUCGAAACGCCGCGCCGCGAGAGUCCCCAGCCGUAGGAAGAUACCUUUGGCCGCUGGAGAAAGAAGAUUUUGUGCGGUUGCUGGUGACGUCCUAGACAGUGGAAUUUUUGGAGCCAUAGCUGCGCCCGUCGCGCAUCGCCCGAGCCAGGACUUCCAGCAACUACGCCGCUCGACGAAAAUAAGACGAGGCAGCCCAGCGGAGUAGUCGCGCGUCUGCGGAGAAAUUCAGACGUCGACGUCGACGGCAGCAGUGGCCGGCCUGGUGAAAGAAAGCAGAGACGGAAGAGCCAGGAGAGGAAAUGCGAGGAAUCUCGGCUCGUCAUUAAGGGAGAAGCAGCGCGCGAACCCUUUUAUAGGUGAAACGACGGGGAGAAAAAUCGAACGGGUUUUUUUCUGGCAGUCUCUACCACACAGGAUCGUCGAGCGAGCGUGGUUCCGGUUACAUCGACAUCGACAUCGACAUCGACAUCGUGUCGCGAGUGGAUGCGUUCAGCGAGGCCAACGUGUAUAAAUCGCGUGUCGCGUCGAACAAAAACAGAAAGGGCCUACUCGAUCGGGGUCGCGCGUCUACGAUGACCUUUCAGCCCGGCCAGGCCUAAUCGUUUUUAAUGGCGUAGGGGCGAAAAAUCGUAGACGAUCGUUUUCGUUCGGGGCUAAAGGAGAAAGAGAAGAAAGUCGACGGGUUAGUGCGACCAACUCCUCCUCGGCCAGGAGAGACAAUACACGCCAGCAGAAGGAUAGCGCGAGGGCUGAGCUUUAUUCGAGGAGUCCAAGCCACUGUUCGGAGGGGUAAGAAGCGCCGUUGGGUUGCACGGCGCAUCCGGAAGGGUUCCACGACCUGGAGCAGGAGCAGGAGCAAGAGGAAGAGGAGGUGGCAGGAGGAGGUGGUGGUGGUGUGGUAGCGUUGAAGCUGGAGGAGUCGGGAAGCGACGAGGGUGGUUGCACGUCGUCGUCGCGUGACGUGCGGAAAGAGCAGACGAAGCUUGGAGGAGGCAUGAGGAGGAGAGAGUGACGACGCUGCCGGUGCUGCAGCCUCGCACAGAUCGUGAGAGGAUCGGCGGCCCCACGGUGGGGCUGCGAUAAGAAUGGCCCCCUUCAAUAUGGCGGGCGUAGCAGGCCUUCUAGCCACCUGCGCCGCCGCUGCUGCUUCCGCUGCCCACCUUCUGCCGUUGCUGCUGUUGCUGAUCUGCCCGCGAGGGACCCACGCGGAACAAGUUGUUCUCUUGGAUACGACACAGGAGGAGAAACUCGAGUGGACAAAGUAUCCGUUCGGCCCGGCUACGGUCACCCCAGGGUGGGUGGAAGAGUCGUUCACCAACUUCGACAAGGGCAUCAAUUGGCGGAGUUACGUUGUCUGCGACGUGGCGUACAGCAACGUCAACAAUUGGCUGUGGUCCCCGUUCAUCGAGAGGGGACCGGCAAACCGCAUGUACAUAGAAAUCAAAUUCACUACCCGUGACUGCUCGUUGUUCCCCGGACACGCGCUCAGCUGCAAGGAAACUUUUAGUCUACUUUACUACGAGUUCGACGCGGCCACCAAGGAGCCGCCGCCAUGGGAGACGGACAGUUACAAGUUGAUCGGUCGCAUCGCCGCUGGCGAGGGGAGGUUCAACACCAACACCGAGGUGAUGAUAAACACGGAGGUAAAGUCGAUACCGGUGACGAAGAAGGGCGUGUACUUUGCGUUCCGCGACCAGGGCGCCUGCAUCUCCAUCCUCGCCAUCAAGGUCUACUAUAUCAGCUGUCCAGAGAUCUCCGUCAACUUUGCCCACUUCCCUGCUACGCCGACGGGUCGCGAGGUGGCUUUGAUCGAGCAAACGAUCGGCACCUGCGUCGAUAACGCAGUGGUCAUCGAGGAGCCCACCUUCCUCUGCAAGGGAGACGGAAAGUGGUACCUUCCGAACGGCGGAUGCCACUGCAAGCCUGGCUACCAGGCAGACAUCGAGAAGCAACAGUGCACCGAGUGCAUGAUGGGCAAAUUCAAGCACGAGGCAGGACCCAGUAGCUGCGAACCGUGCCCGGCUCACAGCCAGUCCUCUGAUUAUGGAUUCACGGAAUGUCGAUGCGACACCGGUUAUUAUAGAGCGGAGAAGGACCCCAAAAACAUGCCCUGUACACAACCGCCGUCGGCGCCGCAGAAUUUGACUGUGAAUUUCGUGGACCAGUCCACCGUGAUUCUGUCCUGGAACACGCCGCACAUGCUGGGCGGCAGAACGGAUACGACCUACAGGGUGGUCUGCGACGCCUGCAGCAUGGGCGUCAAGUACAUUCCCAACGCCGACAUCUUCAACGACACCAAGAUCACGAUAACGGGCCUAAACGCGGUGACGACCUAUCGAUUCCAAGUGUUUGCCGAGAACGGCGUGUCGUCGCUGGCCAGAAAAUCGGAAUACGUGGACAUCACGGUCACCACCGAGGCGAGCGUUCCCAGCCUGGUGAGCAACGUUCGGAUCACCAGCGUCAAGAGUUCCGAGCUUAGCAUCAGUUGGGACGCCCCUAUAACCGACAUUGCCGGAGACAGCGAUCUGGUCGAGAGAUACGAAGUGAGGUGCUAUCCACGCUACGACGACGCUACCAACGCCACCGUCAUCCAGACCACCGAUCUCUCCACGACGUUCAAAGGCCUCAAACCAUCCACGGACUACGCCAUACAAGUGCGAGCAAAGACCACGCGCGGCUGGGGCGAGUACACGCCGGUGGUGUUCAAGAAGACGCCUCACGCCAUGGGUCUAGACUACGUUGGAGAGGACGACAACAUGCAAGUGAGAAUCAUAGCCGGGGCUAUCGUGGCAGUAGUCGUUCUUCUGGUGAUCAUCAUCAUCAUGACCGUUCUGAUCCUCAGAAGCAGGGCCUCGGACGAGUGCAACAAGAAACAGCCGAGCGACUGCGACACUCUGGAGUACAGGAACGGCGAAGGACUAGUUGUGACCUACAUGACCACGCCGCUGUUCACACCUGCAGUGGGAGUUGCCGCCGCAGGUGCAGGAGGCGCUGGUGGCGCAGGUGCGAGGAGUUACGUCGAUCCUCACACCUACGAGGACCCGAAUCAGGCCGUGAGGGAGUUUGCUCGCGAGAUCGACGCGGGAUACAUCACGAUAGAAGCCAUCAUAGGUGGCGGAGAAUUCGGUGACGUUUGUCGAGGGAAGCUGAAACUUCCGCCCGAUGGUCGGACGGAGAUUGACGUGGCCAUCAAGACCCUGAAGCCAGGCUCCGCGGACAAGGCUCGCAACGACUUCCUCACCGAGGCCUCGAUUAUGGGUCAGUUUGAGCACCCGAACGUGAUAUUCCUGCAAGGUGUCGUGACCAAGACCAACCCGGUGAUGAUCAUCACCGAGUUCAUGGAGAACGGUAGCCUGGACACCUUCCUCCGCGCGAACGACAGCAAGUUCCAGGUACUUCAGCUGGUGGGCAUGCUGCGCGGUAUCGCGAGCGGCAUGCAGUACCUAGCGGAGAUGAACUAUGUGCACCGUGAUCUCGCGGCGAGGAACGUGCUCGUAAACGCCGCCCUCGUUUGCAAGAUCGCCGACUUUGGACUCAGCAGGGAGAUCGAGAGCGCCACGGAAGGAGCGUACACGACCAGGGGUGGAAAGAUCCCGGUGCGAUGGACAGCUCCGGAAGCGAUAGCGUUCCGAAAGUUCACCAGCGCCUCCGACGUGUGGAGCAUGGGUAUCGUCUGCUGGGAGGUGAUGUCCUACGGCGAGAGACCGUACUGGAACUGGUCGAAUCAGGACGUGAUCAAGUCGAUCGAGAAAGGAUACAGGCUUCCAGCGCCGAUGGAUUGCCCGGAGGCCAUCUAUCAGUUGAUGCUCGACUGCUGGCAGAAGGAACGAACCCAUCGUCCCACGUUCGCGAAUCUCACCCAGACAUUGGACAAGCUCAUACGGAGCCCGGAAACGCUGAGGAAAAUAGCCCAAAACAGAAUCAGGGAAAGGGGUGCUCCACCCCCACCCCCACCCGCCUCGUCGACAUCCUCCAACGUGCAUUUGAGGAAAAGGGGCACCAAUCCACUGGCGCCGGACGCGGUGGACUUGACACAGUUGACCUCGGUCGGCGAGUGGCUGGCCUCCAUCAAGAUGUCACGGUACGCGGACAGCUUCGAGAGGUCCGGGGUAGUCACCCUGGAGGCGGCAGCUCGUGUAACCGUUCAGGAACUGACGGAUCUAGGGGUGACGCUGGUGGGACACCAGAAGAAGAUCAUGAACAGCGUGACGGCGCUCAGAGCGCAAAUGUCCGCCACCUCGCAAGGCUUUCUCGUCUAACCGCGCGCCGGCCGGUCGGUGCGCUUCUCAGAAGAACCUUUUCACGCGGUAGCGAUACCGCGAACGAGUCAGGACUCGACGAUGACCCGUCGAGCCGACGGAUCGGUCCUUCGCGGGGAUCACUCGCGCCGAUCGCCACCCAGCCAAGGUUCUAGCGAGGGACUUAGAUCCUAGCGGCAUCCUAGUCACGACGAUAGGUGUCCACGGACAGAAAUCACCCUUUCCACGUCCACAGAGUCCCCCCCAGCUGCCCGUUAGCCCCGGCUCUCUCGAGGAUUCGGGAAACUAGAAGCUUCCUCGAGCUAUCCUCGGCCUACCUCGAGACGCUAUCACUCACCGAACGGAAACGUAACGCGUUCAAAGCCAGAAUCCUAGGCUGCGCGUGGCGCGGAAACGGUCCGCAACAAAACCGUUUCACGGAAAAUCUCGCUCGAUUCAUCGAAUCGCGAGCGAGCCACUCGCGACACGGGAUCAAUCCGUAGAUAAUAGACCCCGGGACGGCCUAAAAAUAUCGAGUCGGCCGCGUCGACUUUGUCUUUCUCUUCCUAGAAAUCGCGUCCCCGCGCGGCUCGAUCGCCAGGAUCGGCCGAGGGACGAUGCAACUGCCACCCGUAUAAUCACUGCCGUAAUGUUUACAACAGCGAAACUCUGCGCGACCACCUCCGACCGAGGGCUAUCUAUCACAUCCUAAUAUUUCGGAUUUGCUGUAGACGUCAGACACGGGUUUCGUUAUUUUCCGAUAUGCGUGAGACGCGUUUAGUUAGUAGAGAAUCUUGGGUUUCGCGUGGAAGUUAAUGAUAAUCUAGUGUUGUUGAUUGAAAAAACAGUUCAUCCUCGUCCAAACUACUACCGAAGCAAGCGAAAACACGUGUCGGACGUUCAUAGGAAUUCCCAGCCCAAGUCAAACUCUCGAACAAAAGCCUACUCACCGUCGAAACUGUCUAACGCACUGAAACUUGCUCAUCGCACCGGCUACACGUACAGAGUCACGCGAAACGUGUCCAUAGACAUUCCGUUUUCUUUUCUUUUCUUUUCUUUUCUUUUCUUUUCUUUUCGUUUCUUUUCUUUUCUUUUCUUUUCUUUUCUUUUCAUUUCAUUUCAUUUCAUUUCUUUUCUUUUUUCUUUUCUUUUCUUUUCUUUUCUUUUCUUUUCUUUUCUUUUUUCUUUUCUUUUCUUUUUUCUUUUCUUUUCUUUUCUUUUUCUUUUCUUUUCUUUUCUUUUCUUUUUUCUUUUCUUUUCUUUUCUUUUCUUUUCUUUUAGCAGAGAUGUUUGAUCGCCGACCAGAUUUAUUUAACUGUUCUUUUACAGUAUUCACGAUUACUUGUCCGUUGUGUCGAGAAACAAACGGCCUGAAGGCCUAAAGUAUCAACGACCGAGUACGCUUGGUCUCGCUUCUUUCCUUGGAAGACCGUACGAGAAAGAUUUUAUCAAAUUUUCACCGCUCAUUUCCUGACUUACAUGUUCACGAUUCAAGGAUUUAUUAGAAGAAUUAAUCAUUGUUGUAAGAAUCAAGAGUUUAAGGGCCCAGGAGCCUUCGCCAGCGGCCUAACCGUAUCAACUGUAAUACACAAGAGGCAAAUGGCUGACAAUGAGAUCCCUUUUUCAUCCAUAAUGAAAUUAUUUCUGUAAGCAUUCCAAAAGGAAAUUUCACGUCCAAUUUUUAUAUUAAUUUUUCAUUAUUACAUAUUUAUACUAUUUAUAAACAGAAUUUUCCAUUAUUUAUUAAAAAUUAUUAAUUUUUCUUUAAGACUAAUGGUUGAAAGUUUACUCGAUAAGUAAUUAAACAAUCAAAUCGAUGAGAUAGCUUUCGAGGAAUGUUCAACUUUAAUUACGAUAAACGUUUCGACUCUUCAUUUGGGCCCUACUUGGUAACAAUGUUAACCCUGCUAGUACAAUUCAAGCUAAUAUUAAUAUACAACAAAUUUGUAUAGUUGGAAAAACUACGUCACGAGAAUAGAACAAUUGAAAAUUGUUCGUGAAAUUUAUGUUAACUUAAUUCCUGUUAACACAAGCCAAAUGUACAUCAUAUUAUUGAUUUUGUUAAUAAAUCAGUGUUUAACAAUUGUAUGAAUAUGUAUUAUUGAUCUUACUACGACACAAAUAUGUACUUAUAUUGCUAUUUUGUUUGUUUCUUUGUUUCAUACCUAAGCUACACCAACAAAAAGAAAACAAGACUUGUGUAAAACAUAGUGCUUAAAAAUACUAAUGUUAGUUUGAAUGUAAUUAUUGGGUUAACAUAAUUAUUAAACAAGUACCAAAGGAAGACGCAAGAGUACACCAGGCUAAAUCGCAACUUUCUGAAACGCUCUUCGGAUCAGGCUAACGGGAAUGGGAAAGAAAGGAGAAGUCGAGGGCCAAGCGUACAUAAUUAGUUGCAAGCCUAAUGCCGCGUUUUGUCGCGCACGUACAACGAAUAUUACUCUAUAGCUCUUGUCGAUGACACUCGAUCGAUGCAAAGACACGCGAUACACGCAUGGAUUAUUAUUGUCGCUAUUUUUCCGAAACUGGAUGCGAGAAAUCCAGCCCUAGAAUUUUCGUACGGCGACGAAACCAGGCGAGGACCACAAGUGGAUACGAUUUCACCUGCCUUCGCGCGAUACCUACACUAAAUAUAUUGUACAUGCGAGUCCCCCCCGUGUAGCAGUGGUACCUGUCGAUUAAGCGGCCGAAGAGACGCGAGAUUUAAACAAAUGCGAGAGAAUCAUGUGCCAAUGAUGUGCGAGAACGAGAGAAAGCGUGCAUUCGAACGAAGGAAAAGGGAAGACGGGGUGCGAUCGUCGAAUCGCGAGAGACACACACCCCUACCUCUGUAGAUGUGCGUCAAGGAAAGAAAAUACAAGUAUAUCGAAAGCGAGAGAUCGAGACGUCCAGGAAAAAUAAAGGUACCGAGAAGAAAUUCCUCGAACGUGAACAUAUCAAGGCGUAUCUAAAGCGGGAAGAGAACGAAGCGACAGCUCGAGAAACGAAAUGGCGAGAGCCGAUAAUUGUUCGUCAUUGACGCCGCGAAUAUUGCGACAAGCGAGACGUGUAUUAGCGAUUGCCUGUCAGCGAGUAGUAGAUUUUUUCCUUUCGACGCAAACGAUUGCUCGAAACAGUUUCAUCGCGAACGCAACGUCCACGCGCCAGCGCAGCGGCGCGAUCCAUCGUCGACGGCGCGGCACGCCGCGCGGCCGUGGAGACCCAAGCUCGUUUCUGUAUCUUGUUACGCGUUUCGCCGAUUUUUAAAGACUGCCCCCCGGCCACUGGGCCACCCGGGACACACCCAUGUCCGGAGACGAACGCUUCCCGAGCGUGUCCGGCGAGCCACGGGAAAUUUUUUUAUUCUUAAUUUAACGAAUUACGCUAUAGGACUAUGUAGUUGACGGGGUCGACGCCGCGACGAACGAGCGAAUCGAGGCGAAGGAGAGUCUCUUAAAGAAAACCGUCGAUGAAACGACGGAAAACAAGUUAAUUUCGUCCUCCUACGUUCUGUGCGGCGGCGUCGACGCCUCUCGAUUAGGAGAAUCGUACUCGAGGUCGUUCUGUUUGCAUUCGGAUAAUGCGAACCAAGGUCCUGGGGAGAGCUCGUGUUCGGCGCACGGCGGGAACGAAGCGAGAACGAAACGGAAACGCCGCGCGACGAUCCUCGAGAUCUUUCAGUUCAGGGGAAAAAAGUGUACCCGGUAAGCUACUUGGACAAAAAAUGAAGAAACGGCGACGAUUUAAGAAGCAAUAAGCGAAAUACAUGCAAAUGCAGAUUUUUAUAUAGAGAAUGUUAACAAAUUUCAGAAAGAUAUUAAUUAUCGAUAGCGCUAUCUUCCUAAAUGUUCGUAUUAAAAAUGAAAAGUUAACGAGAGAGGGUUAAAAGUUAAAGCGUGCGAGGAUGACAAAGUCACGCCGAUGCGCGGAUUCUCGACCCGAACGAGCUGUUUAAACCUUUAAACAGUUUAAAGUGUCCUGCAGAAUUCUCUGGUCAAGAGCGAAAUGACAAAUGAAUUCUGCGGACAGUGUAAACUUGUAAACGAAAGAAGAAUGAAACGGGAAGCUCGUUCUGUCAGCAAACCGCGGUAGAGGAAGAAACAACAGAAAAGGUUUUAAGAACUCUUUCAGCUGUAACUAUUUGUGUCUAGCGACGAAACCUGCGAGUGCGACCUGAAGUUUUGAGAAUGUCGAUAGUUUCAGCGGAUUUAAUAUUUAGAUUUCAUAGAUCUCUAUCGAUAUUACACACGAUCGUAGGCACGAAACGAGCAGAUGAUAAUUAGUUAGAGCGUAAAGGAUAUCUUAUUAGAGAGACCUUUUCGGAUUUUCACCUUUUCGUGUCUUUCGAGUAUUCGAACCGCCUCUAGAUGGGCCUCUCUCCCUCUUUUCCCCCAUUCUCCCAUCCCCCUACCCGCUCCUCGGAGUAAUCCAUUCCGUUUUCUUCAGCUACUUGUUCAUUCCUUCACACACCUAGCGACGAGAUUCGGAAAACGAGACGUCUUGAAUCGAGUUACUCGAGGAUUUAUUGAAACGUGUCGCGAAACCUUCACGAUUGAAAGUCUUGAUACUCGUACAGAUAAAUAGAGAAAUAAGUAAAAAGGUGAAUGGGAAGUUGAAAUUUCGAAACAGAGGUAUCGUUGGGAGAAAGAAAGGACCUGUCUCGCUUUAAAAGAAACGUGGACAGCGCCGAGUAAUUUUUGUUCAAUCGCAGGCCUUACGAAGACUGAAUAAAACGUCUGACCUAACGCGAAUCGUAAUUCCUUCCAAGACUAAUCUUUCUUCCUCCCGUCGGUACUAGUAUAGAAUCGUGUACUUACGAACCAAAGAACCAAGCCAACCGAAGGCACAUGUGCUCAGAUAUCGUGUGUGUCAACGCUCGCUAACGUUGGAGCACAUGUGCCCCUUCAGUCGCCUUGACUCGCAAUGGUCUGUGUGUCGGCUUAAGAUAAACGUAAGCAAUUCAAAGCAUCGAGAGUGUCGCGAGGUUUUGCAAAAGAAGGCUUUCAAGAUAGUCGAGACUUCCAAGAAUUUCCAGCUUGUAUUUUAGUUUCAAGACCUAAUUUAAGAUUCUAAUUCUAACCGAUUAAAAGAAAACAUUCAAAGUCUCACCACUAGACGCUGCAGCUUCUCUUUCUAAUGGCGCCUGCCCUACACUUUCAAAGCUUUCGAUCGUACUUCGUGUCAAUGUAUUUAUGUUGUCUAUGUCCAACGCUCUCCCUCUCCCUAACAAACAUAUGUCGCAAGGGGAGCUUUUUGAUUUUCGGUAGACGAGGAUCUGAGAGAAGGAAGAGCGACAGCGAAACUGUAAUUCUAACCAAUUGCGUAAACGUAAAUCAAAAUUUUCCUCGAUUCUCACGCGAACGAACCUCUGUUGCUUCUCCGCCCUGUAAUUUCUCCUUUUCUUCCAAACGCCACGCCACCCUAUUUUUUGUUUUUUUUUUCUCUCUCUCUCUCUCUCUCUCUCUAUUUAACACCUUCUUACUCUACUUAACACGUUUCCUGUACUACUAUUUAUUAAAAGCAAAGAAAGCCUUAUUUAUUGUUUAGAGAGCUGACUAAAUUAAAGUGAACGUUUCUAAUUGUCGUAGGUUUAUCUAUUUACCUUUGCUAAAAAUCGUGCGAAAGGGGACGAGAGAAAGAUAAAAAAUAAACGCGGUUAUUUCCUUACCACGGAGUUUCCUCGAAAGAAACUUCUGCCUCGUUGUGAAACAAACGAUACGUAAAUAAGCGAGAUCGAAGGAAAGAAAAACUGGAGCACACAACAUCAUAGAUACGAUCGUCGAGUCUCUAAGCAGCUAUAUUAUCGAUUAGUUAAGAGUUUUCUUUUUGCUCUUUUUAUUAAGCGACCUACGUGCGCGCGUUGUUUAAUUCUGUUCCAUUUUUUUCUUUUUCUUUUUGUUUUUUAAUUUUCUCUUUCGCCAAUUAUUGUACCCCUCUUGUCUUACCAGUCUGUUUACAGCGAACUUUG